GAUUCCAUGGCAUCUCCUCAGGGGUGUACAAAAGCAUGGAGAAAUAACAACGGCAAGGGGCUCCACCCUUCCAAUUCUUUAUUUGUGCUUCUAACUCCGGCGGGUGGUCAUGGGGACGGCCAAGAACAACCACUUCACACUGAAACUUCCUCUCCUAGACAAACUGAAGACACCCAAAAACUACGCACAGCCUGAGGUUCUGCAUCACACCUUUGAGACUCUGUCCAACCUUCACAGACUGCUGCCAAACCAUCUGAUGGAGACACUUUAUUCCUACAAGAGGGAAGAGGACAAACAAAAUUGUCAGAAUUCUGAAUUCUCUGGCUUAGAAAGGAUCUUAGCAAGACAUGAGUUUCCAAAAGAGAUUAAUAUGACCCCAAAGCCAAGUAGCAUGCCCCUGUGGAAAAGAAAAUCCAUCAAUAAUGCAAAUCAUGGGUGGAAGAAAUGCCUCUUGUGGAAUAAAAACAUGGAGGAACCUCCGAUGUCAACCGUACUUGUCAGGUGGUUGAAAAAGAACAUGCAACCCACCGAAGACCUUCAGUCAGUGAUCCAGAGGCUGUUGGUGUUUGGGCCUAUUAAGUCCGUCACCCUCUGUGGACGGCAAAGUGCUAUCGUGGUGUUCAAAAACAUGACUUCAGCUUGCAAUGCUGUGAAUGCUUUUCAAAGCAUGACCCCAGGCACAAUGUUUCAUUGCUCCUGGCAACAGAGAUUCAUGUUGAAAGACCAAGCUUAUUCAAGAAGAUGUACUGAGAAGUCACAGCCUAAGGAGGAUUAAGUGGAAAAGCGAAAGAAAACGCCAACCGUAGCUAAAGGGCCACAGACAGGAUGUGAAGAACUGACAAUUCACCAUUCAUUCAUUCUGUCCAUUACUGAGUAUCUGCUAUGUGCCAGGCUCUAUAGCAAGCACUGGGAAUACACUGGUGAACCAGCCAUGGCUCUUGCCCUAAUUUACAGACAGAUAAGACAUCAGUGUGGGAGAGAAUGACGAAGAGGGUUGAUAUUUACGGAUACACAGACACUGAAAAAAAAAUAUGGACUUGACAUAAUAUGAAAGUUGCAGUGCUUUUUGGACACACAGAACCUACCCAAAGCUAACAAAUUCUAACUAACAAAUGCCCAACUCAGUUGUAUGAAGAAGUGGGCACCAUUACUAAUCCUCUUGCAUAAAUCAAACAAGAGAUCACAAAAAUAGCAAUGAUGCUGAAACAUUCUAGCUGUUCAGUGAAACAGACAGAGGGAGGAAAGAAAAGCAGGACAAACUCCCAGGGCAGGU